ACUCCCAGGCUCCGAGGGCCGGACUCACUGGAGGCAGCUGCUGCAAAACUCUCAGCUGAGGCCCCUCGGCAGAUCUGAGAGCCCCUCAACGCAGCGGUUGCUUAUUCCCGCUACUCGUCAACUGGAGGGCCAGUCCCGCCCUGGCGAGCCGCGAGGGGCUCUGGGAAGAGUUAUCCUGCGUCUAACGGACCGAGGCUUGUGCUGCCUUCGGCCACAGCCGGCACUGACCUUAAUGGAUUACCUAACUCGGGCUGCACCGGCUGUGCCACUUGGGCAUCGCUGAGGUGCGGAAUUGGGGCCUGUGUCUGCGAGCUCGGUGCUCUGCCUUCUCAGGCCCAGUCCACUCUCAGAAAGAAAAGGAAAUGACUGAGUUGCAGGAAACAGUGACAUUCAAAGAUGUGGCUAUUGACUUCACUGAGGAAGAGUGGCAGCAGUUGGAUCCUGCUCAAAGGAACCUGUACUGGAAUGUGAUGCUAGAAAACUAUAACAACUUAAUCACUGUGGGAUGUCCAUUUACCAAACCUGAUGUGAUUUUCAAGUUGGAGCAAGAAGAACCAUGGGUGGUGGCGGAAGAAGUGUCAAAGAGACAUUGUCCAGGAGAAAUAUGGGGGAUGGAUGAGCAUCAGAAAAUCCAGGACAGACUUUUGACACAACUUGAAGAUAAAUUCACAAAAACACUGACUGAAGAAAAAGUGAAUGAAUGUCAUAAGAAAUUUGCAAAUGUAUUUUCUCCAAACUCAGACUUUUUUCCUUCCAGUCACAAUCUCUAUGAAUACGACUUAUUUGGAAAGUGUUUAGAACAUAAUAAUUUCAACUAUUAUAAUAAUGAGAGAAUCCUUAUAAGAAAAGAACAUUGUGAAUAUAAUGAACCUAUGAAAUCAUUUGGCAAUAGCUUAUCCCAUCUUGUAGUAACCCCCUUUAAGUGUAAUCAUUGUGGAAAAGGUUUUGAUCAAACUUUGGACCUCAUAAGACACCUGAGAAUUCAUACUGGAGAGAAACCCUAUGAAUGUAAAAAAUGUAGAAAAGCCUUCAGCCAAAAGGAAAAACUCAUUAAACAUCAUAAAAUCCACAGUAAGGAGCAGUCUUAUGAAUGUAAUGAAUGUGGAAAAGCUUUCAUUAAAAUGUCAAAUCUCAUUAGACAUCAAAGAAUCCAUACUGGAGAGAAACCCUAUGCAUGUAAGGAGUGUGGAAAAUCCUUCAGCCAGAAAUCAAAUCUCAUUGAUCAUGAAAAAAUUCAUACUGGAGAGAAACCUUAUGAAUGUAAUGAGUGUGGAAAAGCAUUCAGCCAGAAGCAAAGCCUCAUUGCACAUCAGAAAGUUCAUACUGGGGAGAAACCUUAUGCAUGUAAUGAAUGUGGUAAAGCCUUCCCUCGAAUAGCAUCUCUUGCUCUUCAUAUGAGAAGUCAUACAGGAGAGAAACCUUAUAAAUGUGAUAAAUGUGGAAAAGCCUUCUCUCAGUUUUCCAUGCUUAUUAUACAUGUGAGAAUUCAUACAGGUGAGAAACCUUAUGAAUGUAAUGAAUGUGGAAAAUCCUUCUCUCAAAGCUCAGCCCUUACUGUACAUAUGAGAAGUCAUACUGGUGAGAAACCUUAUGAAUGUAAGGAAUGUAGAAAAGCCUUUAGCCACAAAAAGAACUUCAUUACACACCAGAAGAUUCAUACUAGAGAGAAACCUUAUGAAUGUAAUGAAUGUGGGAAAGCUUUCAUUCAGAUGUCAAAUCUUGUUAGACACCAGAGAAUUCAUACUGGAGAAAAACCCUAUAUAUGUAAAGAAUGUGGCAAAGCCUUUAGCCAGAAAUCAAAUCUCAUUGCUCAUGAAAAAAUUCAUUCUGGAGAGAAACCCUAUGAAUGUAAUGAAUGUGGUAAAGCCUUCAGCCAAAAGCAAAACUUUAUUACACAUCAGAAAGUUCACACUGGAGAGAAACCUUAUGAUUGUAAUGAAUGUGGUAAAGCCUUCUCUCAGAUUGCUUCCCUUACUCUUCAUCUGAGAAGUCACACAGGGGAAAAGCCUUAUGAAUGUGAUAAAUGUGGGAAAGCUUUCUCUCAGUGCUCAUUGCUUAAUUUACAUAUGAGAAGUCAUACAGGUGAGAAACCCUAUGUAUGUAAUGAAUGUGGAAAAGCUUUCUCUCAAAGAACUUCCCUUAUUGUACAUAUGAGAGGUCAUACAGGUGAGAAACCUUAUGAAUGUAAUAAAUGUGGGAAAGCUUUCUCCCAAAGUUCCUCCCUUACUAUACAUAUACGAGGUCAUACAGGUGAGAAACCCUUUGACUGUAGUAAAUGUGGAAAAGCCUUUUCUCAAAUCUCAUCUCUUACACUUCAUAUGAGAAAACAUACAGGUGAGAAGCCUUAUCAUUGUAAUGAGUGUGGUAAGGCUUUCAGCCAAAAGUCACACCUUGUUAGACAUCAGAGAAUUCAUACUCAUUAGGAAUAGAAAUUCUAUGAAUCUUGUGAAUAUGGAAAAGCCUUUGGAAGGAAUUAGCACCUCCUUGCACAGUACAUUAUCGGAUCUAGAGCAGAAAACUGUGAAUGUGGGAAAGCCGUUUGAAGAAGUCACAUUUUUGACACAGUUCUUACCAAGGUGACAAAUUGUAUAAUGAGAAAGCUGAUCGUCAAAAAUCUUCAGCAGACAUCUUAUCUAAUGAUAAUAUUUAUCCAGCAUUAUCUUUAAAACCUGAAAUAAGAUAUUUUCAUCAGCAUGCCAGCAUGAUACUUUAGCUCCUAGCCAAUCUCUUAACUAAGAAAAAGAAGAUUGGAGAAAAAAAAAAAAACUCUUAAAAUAACCUCUCAUACUAGAAUAGUUAAUUAGAAAAUAUCUUGUUAUAAAAUACUUGAGAAUAAACAAUAAUGAAUUACAAGACAUAUAUAAAGUUAUAAAACAUUUUGAAGGUCACACCUGAAAUUUUGAGAAAAAUAACAUUUUCUGAAAAGACAUGGUAAAAAAUAUAUAAAUUUUCU